AUGAGUUCGCUCUCGUCAUCAUCGAAUUCGAAUGAACAAGAACAAUCUGUUACCAAUCUCGUUAAAAUCCAUUCAUUAUCACAAUUAUUAAAACGCGAUCGAGAACAACUGUUAACCCAAUCUCGUUCCAUUGCCUAUUAUCAUCCAAAUAUCGAUCGAGAAACAGCCGAACAAUUAUUACGAGCUAAAUAUAUUCUUUAUCGACGUGAUGGUUUAUUUUUACUACGCGAUUGUACAUCAUCUCCACAUGAUUUCAGUCUAUCGCUUGUUUGUGGUGAUAAAUGUUAUCAUUAUAAAAUUCAGCUUAUUUAUGACAUCUAUUUUUCCAUUGACUCAGGUCCUCAAAUCGCCGGUAUAGAAAGCUUAAUACAUUAUUAUCAACAGCGUUCCGAUGGUCUUGGCUGUGUUCUCUCCAGUGAUUUUGUGCAAGGUCAACCACCGCCCAUUUCUGCUCGACGUUUGGGUUCAACGAAUACAUUGCAUCGUGCGUGUAAACAAGGCAAUUUUGAAAUUGUGAAAAGAAUCCUUUCACCAGAAACAUUAGUCAAUCGGCCUGACGUGAACGGAAAAGAUGCAUUUGGAUCGACAGCGCUGCAUGAAGCGAGUUUCUUUGGACAUGAUGAUAUUGUACGUUUGUUGAUCAAAGCAGGCGCUCAUGUACUAGCGCGAGAUACGGAUGGUGCGACCGCAUUACACAAAGCAGCAGCAGGCAAUCGUCCAUCAACCUUAUUGAUUUUAAUAAACGAAGGACACGCUGAUUUUGAAGAACGAAAUUACACAAAUCAUUGGGUACCAUUACAUGAAGCAGCUUUUCAUAAUUCGACUGCUUGUGUUCAAGUGCUACUCGAUUGCGGUGCUCCAUGUCGUCCGCGAACAGAUCAAGGCAAAACACCUCUGGAUUUAGCUGAAGAAGUGAAAUCCGACGAAUCGAUCGCUCUACUUCGAGAAUAUAAAGUUCCACCAGCUCAAUCACGCAGUGUUGACUGGUUACAUGACCAGCCAAUGUUCGAUCGUGUUGCAGCAAAACAACUAAUUGAAUCUGUGAAGAUGGGUCCUCGAAAUGGCAUGUUUGUUGCACGACAUAGUUCGAAAAAUCCGAAGAAUUAUGCAUUGACACUUUAUAAUGAAGGCGAAUUUUUCAACUAUGAAAUCAUUCGUAUGAAUGAUACAACAUUCUAUAUUGAUGAUGGUCCUUAUUUUGACACACUUGAUCAUUUGAUUGAUCAUUAUUGUCGUAUACCGGAUGGUUUACCAACGACAUUAACAUGUUCGAUCAAUCGUUUUGGGCAAAUCAUCAAUAGCCGUGUUCAACCAUUUUCAGUAACUCCUCCAGUCAAUCAGAAAUCAAACGAAACUCCAUUAACAGUGAAACCAGUUCUACAACGUCAAAUGAGUGCUGCUGAAACUUCAUCUAAUCAUAGAACAAUUCCCGCAAGUAGUCUGAGUCGUCGUCCAACAUUUUCAUCAGCAUUGAGUGGUUCUGUCACAUCUCUGAACUCUUUAUCGUCACGUUCUCGGGCAUCAUCAACACAAGAAGAUCCAUUAUCAUCUUCAUCCUCUAGUGCAUCACUCUCCGGUAGUAGUCCAUCUCAGAAUCAAGUCACACCAUCGACAAACGAUCAACAAUCGACAGCUAAUACAAUUCCAUUUAUUGAUCGUCGCAAAACAGUCGGAGGCAAAAUCAAGCCAUUUGUUCCCGAUUUUAAUAAUGAUAAUGAGCGACGCUCCGUGAAAUUUCCAAAUGGUAAAAAUUCCUCGCAGACGAAACGAUCGGCAACAUCCGUUAUGACCGUACAGAAACGAAAAUCUUUACAGUUGACUCUCAUAUCACCUAGUCAAAUCAAACAAACAGCAAAAUUAGGUGAAGGUGAAUUUGGUGAAGUAUAUGAAGGGUUCUAUCGUGAAGAUUUAAACAAUCCUGUUGGUACACCAGUGGCCAUCAAAAUUCUCAAAGAAUAUUCCUAUUCUGCUAAACAAGAUUUCCUUCGUGAAGCCGAACACAUGGCGACGCUGAAUCAUCAUUGUAUAUGUACAUUAUAUGGUAUCGUCGAUUCGAAUGACGAUAGUAUGAUGAUGGUUAUUGAACUACUUCUACUUGGUUCAAUGCUAGAUUAUCUAUGGAAACAUAAACAUUCAGUUGGAGAGAAUCGUCUCAAAUUAUGGGCUUCACAAAUUGCUGAUGGAAUGGCGUACAUGGAACGGAAAGGAAUUGUUCAUCGAGAUUUAGCAGCAAGAAAUAUUCUCAUGCAAUCGACCGAUCAAGUAAAAAUCAGUGAUUUUGGAUUGUCGAGAAGAAUUGAUGCAGAUGUUUAUAUGCAAAAAUCUGAUAGCAAAAUUCCAGUGAAAUGGUAUGCACCAGAAGCCAUCAGUAUAGGAAAAUUCACCACAAAAUCUGAUGUUUGGUCAUUUGGUGUCACUCUUUGGGAAAUGUUUUCAUACGCAUCUACGCCUUAUGGUGAUAUGAGUGGAACUGAUGUAUAUUAUUAUUUACAACAUGGUAAACGUCUCGAACGUCCUUCCCGUUGUCCAUCAUCAAUCUAUCAAAUCAUGCUCAAAACAUGGGAAUGGGAUGAGAAGAAACGUCCAACAUUUUCCCAAUUAUUUCAAUUAUUAAAAACUGACCGUGAAACAAAUCGUGGCAUAUCGUUUCCCUCCACAUUAUCUCGAAAGAAAUCUCUCAAAACUAAUCUAAGUUCAUCGACGUUAACAGACGAAAACAACCGUGAUAAUCUCGAUGAUGAUAAUGACGCCGAUAUAACAAGUGAACAGAAAAAUGAACAGUACAAAACCAAUGGUCAUGGACAUGUUUCCAAAACGAUCAUUCAAUUGCAACAAACAUUUAAUAAAGAACGAACAAAUUCGUAA